AUGACGAACUUCGAAAUCAAUAUCGUGUCAGACACGGUGUGCCCCUGGUGUUAUGUCGGCAAAAAGCGCCUCGAGAAAGGCAUCGCUGCCUACAAAGCCGCGCAUCCCAGCUCGGAUGACACCUUCUCGACGAACUGGUUUCCCUUCUACCUGAAUCCUGAUGCGCCGAAGACCGGCAUCGACAAAGCCGCCUACUACCGGCAAAAGUUUGGCGACCAGAGAACCGUAGGUAUCUUCCAGAUGCUGGGACAGCUAGGGAAAGACGAGGGCAUCAACUUCAAGUUUGGAGGAAAGACUGGAAACACGAGGGACUCUCAUCGCCUCGUCCAACUCGGCAAGACCAAGAGCCCUCACAUGCAAACCCGAGUGAUCGAAGAGCUCUUCGCCGCCUACUUCGAGAACGAGAAGGACAUCACCUCCCACGAAACGCUCCUCGACGCCGCCGAGAAAGCCGGCCUUGACAAGAGCGAAGCCAAGGAGUGGCUUGACUCCGGCAAGGGCGGACCAGAGGUCGACAAAGAAGUGCAAGACGCGUACGCGCAGGACAUCCAUGGCGUGCCUAACUUCACCAUCAACGGCAAGUUCGAAGUCGGUGGUGCGCAGGAACCCGCGGCGUUUGUGCAGUUGUUUGAGAGGAUUAAAAGGCAGGAUGGCGGAUCAGUCGCGGUCAAUUCGGGAAGCAAGUGCUAA